AUGGCAGACGAUCGUGAAUCAUUCUCAGUUCCCUUUGAGAAAUUAAAUGGACAAAAUUGGGCCGAAUGGAGCCGGAAGCUAAAGGCCUGGCUGGUAGCCAAGGGGUUGUGGGAGGCGACCCAGGGCCCCUCUCCCACCACCUGCAGCAGGAGCAGCAGCAGCGGACAUAGCGGCUGCUCACGCGUCGCAGAGGAAAACCAGAAAGCCCUGGGAGCUAUAGUGCUCAGUUUGGAGGGUUCCCAACUUCCUCUGGUUGAAGGGCUUGAGACUGCUCAGGAGGCCUACCAAGCCCUUGAGAGGGUGCACCACAGAACCACGGCUGGUGCAAAGAUCCACACCACCAGACGCUUAUUUGAGAUGAAGCUGCGUCCCGGUGGGAACAUCAGACAGCAUGUUACUGAGAUGCUUUCUGUUUUCAAUGAGUUGCGCCUGUUACAGGUCAACUUUUCAGAAGAGCUGAAGGUUUAUAUUUUGCUCAGCUCUCUGGACAAAAGUUAUGACAAUUUGUGUCUGUCUAUGGAAUCGAUGAGUCCACAGGAUUUGACGCUAUCGUACGUGACAGGGCGUCUUUCGGACGAACAGGAGAGGCGUGUCCGAGAAGGCAGGUCUGGCGCAGGCAGCUCCACCGGUUGCAGAGGUGGGGGCAAGCCAGAUGAGAGCUGUGUUCAGGCUUUUUCCACUCGUCGAUGUUAUGUCUGUGGAUCCAACAGCCAUCUAAAACGGGCUUGUCCGCAGAAGAGCAGAGAGGCCGGGCAGGAUGUCUCCAAGGUCAACCAGCUGAGUUCUCAUGGGAACCAGUCUCGGAGAGGAGGCCAGCGUGGGAACGCGAAGGAGGGACGUGACUCAGAGAAGGGAGACUGUUAUCAUCUCGCGGCUUCUCUGGCAACUUUGAACAACAAUGCCAGCAGGGACACAACUAUGAAGUGGGUGCUGGACUCAGGAGCGAGUCAUCACCUGAUAACGCCAUCUGCUGGGGAGCUGCAGAAUUGCAGGGCUGUUUUAACUGGAAUGACGUGUAAAUUUGCUGACGGAAAAAACGAAAUGUAUCUAAAGUGGCAAAUGUCUAUAAUUCUGUUUUGCAGGCUGAGCUGGAGUGCUUCAUUGUACCAGGGAUGA